AUGAACAAAUCACAUUUGGGAAACGUAAGUCAUGCAGAUUCAUUAUUAGAAAACCCCAGAACCUCCUUUUUCCAGACUGAAGAUCCUCAAAAAGAUCUUGUAACCUCAAAUGAUAUCGAAAAACUUGUUGAUGUUUUGAAUGUUGGAAAAGGAUUUUUGAGAUAUGUCGGAGCAAUUCAUGGAAAAGAAGGGUUGUUUUGUGGAAUCGAAUUAUUGGAGCCAAAUGGAAAACACGAUGGAUCAUUUCAAGGUAUUUCUAAAGAGUUCCAAAAAAUAAAACAAAAAUUUUAUUUCAGGAAUUUCAUAUUUCAUUGCCACACCACAGCAUGGCAUUUUCGCUCCAGUUUUCCGCGUAACUUUAGAUGCUGAUGAGAGGCGGAAUAAUUUACCGAAAGUAAACGCAGAACAGGUUAGUUUUUUUCACUUUUUCCUUACUAACCUUUGUCUGUCUAACCAUUUCUGAAUAAAUAAAAAAAAAAACAGAAAUUGUCUCGUUCGGCGUUACCUGCAUUAAAUCUACGUAACUCAUUUACUGAAUCUUGUUCCGAUGGGCAACCAAAACCAAUUUCUGAUCCGAUGACAACAUCGGUCUACAGUAAACCGAUAAAUAUUCCACAAAGAAGACCUACGACAGAGAUGGAAAUGUCAAUGUUUUCGGAUAUGAUGGAUGGAUCGAUGGUGAGAAAUUGAUUGAAUGGUGUGAUGUGUUUUUGUUUUUCAAACAAUUUUUAAUCAAACAAAAAACAAUUCGAUUAGUCAUCAAAACAUUUUUUCUCCAAAAAAUUUAGUCCCUCGAAAAAACUUGAAAUCAAUAAAUUCAAAACCACACCCAUUCGGAAGUCGCCAGACAUUUUAUUUUAAUAAUUUCAAACGAACAUUGUCUACUUUUUAUUACAUGCUUGACUAACUUUUUCGCACGCACACAUAAUAUUUGUUACAUACAUACAUAUAAUAAUUGUCACAUUUUCUUCAGACACUUAUUUUUUUUUCUUUUUGUUUUUUUUUCAAAAUAUCUAUCUAUUGUGUUGUAAAGUGAGCAUUAUUAUCUUUUAUCAAGAAAAGACCUUUUCUCUAAAAAAAACUUGAUUAUUUGCAGUUUUCAAACGGAUCUUGGAGUGAUAUUGCUGAUUCGAUGAUAACAUCAAAUUGCACAUUCACAGUUCGAAAAUGUCCACAAAUUCCGGCGGAUGAUGAUGGUGAUUUGAUGAGUGCGCCGAUGGUUCAAUCGGUUUUGAAUAUUGAUAGAGAGGCAUUGAGAAGAGAGGAACAAUGUGAGUUUUGGGCAUUAUAACUGAAACUCAAGCCAGUUUCAGUUUCAAAUCAGGGUGUACCUGAACCUCUAGGGAUUUUUUUGACAUAGUUAUUCUAACUUUUUCUGAAAAUCUUCAAAGUUUCAGAAGUACCAGCCCCUUCAAAUAAAAUAAAAUUCAAUAUUUUUCUUUAGUGCAAACUUCAAUGGUUUUACCGGAAUCUCGAAUUGGUGUUGAAUUUUUGCCGGUUAUUGAAGAUGAAAAUGAGCUCGAAACUCCUUUGGUCGAAGUAAAAUCAUUUGAAAAAGAAGUUGAGACACCACAAGUUGAAAUUGCUCCACCACAACCUGAAAUUGCACAAGUUCCUGAUGUUCCAAAAGCCUCCAAUGAAUCCAAAAUUGUAGAAGAAAAGAAGGAAGUGAAACCUGCUGUGAAAAAAGUUGAAAAGGUGAGUUGAUCUCUGUUUUUGAAAUAUUUUUUUUUUCAAAAAAAAAAAUAAAAAGCAAAAACUAGUUAUUUUUGUCACGCUUGAGUACUACAUAUCUUCUUCAGUUCAUCAUAUGUUUUUGUUUAUUUUUCAUAAAAAGUGUAUAUUGAUUUUUUGCUUGCUAUAUUAUUUUUUUUUCAAAAAAAAAAAGUUUUUUUUUCAGACUCCUCCAGCUCCUGCUCCAAUGAAAAAACAAAUCAUCGUUGAACCGGCGGCUCCGAAAUUUCCAGUCAAACCAAAAGCCCCAACAAAACAUCAAAUUAUGAUGGAACAAUUGAAAGCGUCAAUUGAGGCAGAAAAAAAUAAACCGAAAAAAGAAGUGAAGAGUCGAGUGUCGAUUAUUCCGCCAUCAACACCGCAAGGUUUGUUGUUUUUUUGGGAGGAAUUUUAAUAUUCAUAAUGUGUUUUCUAUAUUUUUGGAAUCAUCAUCAAUUUUUUUGGGAUCAAAAAAUAUUUGGAUCCGAUUUUGCUUCAAAAACUACCAAGGGAACCAUUUUUCAGAAGCUGAAAUUUUUUUGCAAAAUUUCAGAAUCUUGUUCAGAAUCUUGUUGGACUCUGUAACUUCUCACAGGUCCAUUAGACAUUUUUGAGAAAUUUUCAUAUCGAUAUCUAGUUUCUGAAAAAAUCUUCUAACCACAAAAAUUUCCAGAUGAAAAUGCAAGUCCUCGAAAACCAACUAUCACCAAAAAACUUCCACCAGCUCCAAUCGUUGCUCCACCAAUUGAAAGACCCAAAAAAGAGCGAAAACCUUUGUAUACUGCACCUCCACCAAAAGCAAAAAUCGAACCGCCGAAAAAAGUGACAGCUCCCUCACAAAUCGCAACAACUUCUGGAUUUCCCACAUCUUCUUUUGCUGGCGCAAGAAAAACAUCAUCAAUUUCCGGAUCGGAAAAAGAUAAACCAGUAACUGUUACGAGAACUUCAAAAGCAACUUCGGCAGCCAAAAAAGUAUUGCCAACAAAGAAAACAAUUGCUGAAAAAGAGAAAUUGAGAAGGCUUCAAAAAUCCGCAACAGCAACAGAAGCUUUGAUUAUUGUACUUCGAAAUCUUGAAAAACAAUAUGAAACAAGGAUGAAUGAGAUGAACUUAGCUAAUGGUAAACUUGUAUUCUAUCGAAAGAUAAUUUCUUAAAUUUUUUGAAAUUUCAGAUGAAAAAUCGAAACAAGUGGAAAUCCUAAAUUCAAAAAUUACCGAAGAAAAGCAACGAUUAGAGACGGAAAUUGAGAAACUUAACAAUUCGAAUCAACAAGGUGAGCCUUUUACCUAAAAAAUCAAAGACCUACAUGAUUUUUUCAUCAAAAAGCUGACCUGAUUCUUAUCUGAAAUCCCUAAAAAAUGUUGCGACGCUUUUCGUCCGCGAUUUUAUCGCCUUUUGUUUAUUUCUCGAUCGCUCACUCGCUCAUUCACUCACACUCUUUUUGAUCAAAUCUUCAAGAUUUUCGACACAAAAUCCAGUUUUCUACACAUAUUCCCUCAAAUAUUCAUGAAUUCUCUUCGAAAAUCUACAAUUGUAACAACUUCUAUUAUAAUAGUUGUUGUUUCUUUUCUGAUCCAUCAGAAUAAUCUAAAAAUGCCAGUUAUUAUGCUACUUGGAACUGUUCCAUUUUUAGUCCUAAUUUUUACAGUAAUUCGAGGAAAUGCGAAACAAAUUGAAGAAUUGAAAGAGAGACAUGAAUUACAGGUUAGUUGAGUUUUUUUUAAAAUAAAAUUUGACCUACCCAAUUUUUUCUGAUCAAAGUAAUUUCAGCUUUUGGAAAAAUCAAAAGAAUACGAUCGAAACAUCGAAGAUGAAAGAGCUCGUCGAGAAGCUGAAGCGAUUGCAAUGUCAAGUAGACAUCAAAAAGUUGUAGCAUGUCUCGAUGAAAAAAUUGGAGAAGCUGAAAAACUCUGUGAAGAAUUGAAAAAUGAUAAAAAGAAUUUGCAAGCUGCAUUGGCAAAUGAUUGUGAUCAUCGGAAUCAAAUGUUGACUAAAGAAAUAUCAUCUCUUCAAACAGCUUUGGAAAUGAAAUCAGCUGAAAUGAAGGAACUACGGCAGAAAAAUCAGAAUGUAAGGGGUUUUUUGAAUGGUUGAAAUCUUAAAAUAAUUUUUCUUCAGCUCUCUUUGCAAGUUGAUGAAAUUCCGUUGAAAGAACUUGAAAUUAGCAAAUGGAGGCAUAAAGCAAAUGAGUAUAAACAAAUGUUGGAUCAAAAAAUUAAUGGAGAAAAGUAUGUUCUAACAAUUCCUAGCUUCGUCUUCAAAAAAAACUAUAUUUUUUGCAGAAUUCUUGUACUGCAAAUCGAAGAAAUGCGUCGAAAACAACAUCAAGAUGAAGAGGAAAAAGAUGCAAUGCGAAAGAGUUUCGACCUUUAUCAAUAUCGAUUAGAAAAUGGCGAAGAUCCAAACCAAAACAUUGGAACACCUACAAAAGUGCAAUUUCGAUCAAAAUCCAGUGCAUCCGGAACUCGUCCACCAUCUAUGAAUACAAUUGGAGAACAAAGAAUGUCAACAACUUCCGGUAAGUUUGAGGAUAUUUUUAGAAAUUGUGCCAUUUUUCUCUGUAUUUAUAAUUUCAAGAUUCCGAGAAAAAUUCUCAGAUUCAUCCACAAUUUUUUACGAAUUUUUUUUCCAGAUUAUGAUCGUGAUAGUAUGACAAGAUCAACUAUUUCAAUGUAUAUGAGUCAAGUUCGUUUACCCGAAAAUCACGCAGAAGAUGUGAUUUAUGCUCCAGAUGAAAUAAUUUCAAGUCGAGAUGGCUCGAUUUGUCAAAGACUUGCGAUUGCAAUUGAAAAUAAUGGUGAACCAAUGAUCCAAAGGUUCGAAUUCUAAGAGUUUCUAAUUUUUUUUUUCAAAUAAUAUUUUUUCAGCGAAUCAAGUGAUCACUCAGAUUCUGGUAUUGGAAUUGUCAUGUAA